CGCCCCUGAAGGCGCCAUUUUCGGCGUCGUGACGGGGCCAAGGCAUGACAUCAAACCGCAGCAGAUCAUAAUCCUGCUUUGUGCUGCACGAAGCUUUGCCAUCGUUCAACAAUGGGAAGGAAGAAGAAGAAGCAGAUGAAGCCAUGGUGUUGGUACUGUAAUCGUGACUUUGACGACGAAAAGAUCCUCAUCCAACACCAGAAGGCUAAACAUUUCAAGUGCCACAUAUGUCACAAAAAGCUAUACACUGGUCCGGGUUUGGCCAUCCACUGCAUGCAGGUACACAAAGAGACCAUUGAUGGUGUACCAAAUGCUAUACCUGGAAGAAUAGACAUAGAGCUGGAGAUCUAUGGCAUGGAGGGGAUUCCAGAGAAAGACAUGCAGGAGAGACGGAGAACGCUGGAACAAAAAUCUCAAGAAAGCCAGAAAAAAAAGCAGAACGAAGAUGCCUCGGAUGAGGAAGAUGAUGAUGACGAGCCAGGGCCCUCGUUUCAGCACCCGCCAGCUGCUCAGGCCCCCGCUAGCUACAACCCUGCCAUGGGCCAGCCUGCCCCGGUCAUGCCCCCUGCUGGCUACCAAGGAAUGCCUCCAAUGAUGCCAGGCGUCCCGCCCAUGAUGCAUGGCAUGCCCCCUGGCCACAUGCAUGGGAUGCCACCAGGCAUGAUGCAGAUGGCAGGGAUGAUGCCCCAUAUGAUGCAAGGGAUGCCCGGCAUGCCCCCAGGUAACCAGUUUAAUCACUCCUUUUCAAGGAUGCCACCCCACAUGGCCCCUAGGCCUGGCAUGCCCCUCAUGGGUCAGCCGCCUGCAGCGGGUUCAGGCAUGCCCAGCCGGCCUGCUGUUCCCCCAGCCCAGCCAGCCGUGACAAAGCCCCUCUUCCCCAGCGCAGCACAGGCCCAGCAGAGUGCGUCGGUGUCGGCCCCCUCCCACAGCGCACCCUCCACUGAGCCGCCAAAAGCAACAUUCCCUGCAUACACCCAACCCCCUACCUCCUCCUCGUCUGCUUCUUCCUCUAACCUUUCUAGUGGCGGCGGGGCUAAGCCCCCAGUCCCGGUGACCAGUAAGCCCGCCACACUGACCACAACGAGUGCGACCAGUAAGUUGAUCCACCCUGAUGAGGACGUCUCGCUGGAGGAGCGUAAGGCUCAGUUACCCCGCUACCAGCGCCUGCUGACCAGGGUGGGACAGCCCCACGUGGUGGGUCAGCCCCACGUGGUGGGUCAGCCACAUGUGGUGGGUCAGCCCGUGGCCGCAGCGGGCGGCAUGAUGCCUCCGCAGCAAGGUAUGCCACCACAGCAGCCUGGCAUGAGACACCCCAUGCACGGUCAGUAUGGGGCCCCUCCACAGGGCAUGCCUGGCUACCUGCCUGGGGGGAUGCCCCCUUACGGGCAGGCUCCUCCAAUGGUGCCCCCCUACCAGGCCGGGCCCCCCAUGGGGAUGCGGCCCCCGGUCAUGUCCCCCGCGGGCCGCUACUGAAGCACCUCACUAGGUUUGGAGGUUAGCACCUUUCUCUGAUCCUUGUGCUUUUUUCCAAACCUAGCCGCAGGCAGUGAGCUGUAGGACCAGGGGCACUGAAGACAAACCGAUAAAGCCUGAGUAACACACGGACGUUUAAUGCAAUACCUUUUAGCGGGGUGGGGGAAGGAACGGUCUGCCGGCUGUUUAUACAUGCGUUUCUCUGCCCCUGUGUUCCACUCAGGUUUGUAGAAGUGAAGCGUGUUUAAGUACAGAAUCCUAUUUUUGUUUGGAAGCUGCUGGAGUCACAUGAGCGAUCCCCUAAAAGAAAAGGCAAGUUUCUCUUGUAAACGUGUUUUUAUUUUAUUUUUCACUUUUACUUUCCUCUUUAUGUUUUUGUUUUGGUAGAAUCAUUGAUGCCCUCACAGCACUUCUGGUGCUGUUGGACUCGUGUCCCCAACCGCGGUUGGUGAGGGCGUCGGUGACAGACUUGACCAGUGUGUCCCCACGGUGCUCCUCAGCCUGGCAGCUGCUAGCUUUACUCUUGACCUGCUCAGGUGUCCCUAAAGCUACCCCCUGCCCAGCGAGGCUUGCUUGUGUCCAUCCUCUGUAAUGUUUUAACAAUCUGUUGUAAUAAAGCCCAACUUUGAAACAAACUAAAGAGAAUGCUGGCGUGUCCUGUGGGAGAAGUCUUCAUUCAGGUUGGUUCUGCAGUCGUUUUGAUUUAGUUCUCUGUGGUGUAGGGACGGACCAAAUGUAAAUAUUUCUCAAGUCGAUUGAGAAAUGAUUUGCCAAUGAUUUACCAUUCAAUGAUCCGCCAUAAGUAAGACAGAAUUUCCCUCCUAGCGCAAUGUUCAAUUUGUGUGUGGCAUCAGUAUGAGGUACAGUAUUCACAUGUAACAAAGAUCCUACAAACCUACACCUUAAUUGUGAACGUCCUCUGAUUUGAUCCUUAUUUUUUUAUUAUACUUGGUGUGCAUGGAUGUACUGUUAACAGUAAUGCAGUGUCUGUCCUAAAUGAUUCUGUCUUAAUGAGCUUAAUAAAGGUAAUUUUGCUGCG